UUAGGAAUAUCUAAUUGGACCUAUAAAACCCCUUCUUCGCCGCAGGGCACGAAAGCAAAGGAUCUCUUUUAAAACAAGUCUCCCAAUUUCUUGCUUUCCUUUUGGUCUUCGUUUCCAUUCUCGAUCUCGAUUUUGAUGGCGAUGAUGGGUUCUAGAUCUGCUGGAUCUCUUCUGAGGCAGCUUGGGCCCCGCCUUUUCUCCACGGCGGUGAUCUCGCGUGCGGCGGCGGAGCCGUCACAAGCGCUGCUUUAUGGAUCAUCGAUAUUUGCCACGCCAGCGCGCGCACCAACUACUUGGGUGAAGCUGCUCUCGGUGCGGAUGGCGAGCUCGUCGACUCCGGCCCAGGAGGAGGUCGGCCAGCAGGAGGAGCCGGCGACGACCCCCGGCGAUGAGCGGAAAGAGGUGGUGAGUUACUGGGGCAUGGCUCCACUGAAGUUGAUGAAAGAGGACGGCACCGAGUGGAAGUGGAAUUGCUUCAGGCCUUGGGAUACGUACUCAUCGGAUCAAACGAUCGAUCUGAAGAAGCAUCACAAGCCCACCACAUUGUUGGAUAAAAUCGCGUACUGGACUGUGAAAACUCUUCGAGUCCCCACCGACAUCUUCUUCCAGAGAAGGUAUGGAUGCCGCGCGAUGAUGCUGGAGACGGUGGCGGCAGUGCCGGGGAUGGUGGGCGGGAUGCUACUGCACCUGCGAUCACUGCGGCGAUUCGAGCAUAGUGGAGGUUGGAUCCGCGCGCUGCUAGAAGAGGCAGAGAACGAGCGCAUGCACCUGAUGACGUUCAUGGAGGUAUCCAAUCCGCGGUGGUACGAGAGAGCCCUCGUUCUCGCCGUCCAGGGCGUCUUCUUCAACGCUUACUUCAUCGGCUAUCUAAUCUCUCCCAAAUUCGCUCACCGUGUCGUUGGGUACCUAGAGGAGGAGGCUAUUCACUCCUACACUGAGUUUCUCAAGGAGAUCGACGCCGGCAGGAUAGACAAUGUUCCGGCGCCGGCCAUCGCCAUUGACUACUGGCGCUUACCGGCUAAUUCGAAGCUUCGAGAUGUGGUGAUGGUUGUCCGGGCUGAUGAGGCCCAUCACCGCGAUGUGAACCAUUAUGCUUCGGACAUUCAUUACCAGGGGUUGGAACUGCAGAAGACGCCAGCGCCACUUGGGUAUCACUGAAUGGCUCUCUCUUUAACUUGAA